UCACAUUCACAAAACAAAUCACUCAAAGAGGCUGCUAGGGUUUUUCUCAGGUUUAUCGAUCAAGUUUGAAACGAUGUCUCGUGUGUAUGUGGGUAAUCUGGAUUCGAGAGUUACCGAGAGGGACCUUGAAGAUGAAUUCCGUAUUUACGGUGUCAUUCGAAGUGUUUGGGUUGCUCGCAGACCACCUGGCUAUGCUUUUAUUGACUUCGAUGACCGCAGAGAUGCGCAGGAUGCUAUUCGCGAAUUAGAUGGUAAGAAUGGCUGGAGGGUAGAGCUCUCUCACAAUUCUAGAAACGGUGGUAGCGGUGGAGGAGGAGGCGGCGGUCGUGGUCGCGGAGGUGGUGGUGGUGGUUCUGAUUUGAAGUGUUAUGAGUGUGGUGAACCUGGCCACUUUGCUCGUGAAUGUCGCAAUCGUGGUAGUGGUGGAGGAAGACGCCGUAGCCGUAGUCCACCUAGAUUUCGCAGGAGUCCAAGUUAUGGGCGAAGGAGUUACAGUCCUCGUGGGCGGUCACCUAGGCGCCGCAGUGUGUCUCCUCGUGGACGCAGCUACAGCAGAUCACCACCUCCUUACCGUGGGCGCGAGGAAGUGCCAUAUGCUAAUGGAAAUGGCAUUAGGGAUCGCCGCAGAAGCAGAAGUUGAUUUUUAAGAGUCAGUAACAGCAAUUAUUGGGAGAAUAGUGAGAUUUUGUUCAUCAAGUGGUGCAUGGAUUGCAGUAUGAGUCUGUUUUGUUGGGCGUACCUAAGUUUUACUACUCUAUUGGAUUAGUUUCAUUAUGUCUCGGGUCUCGGCUAGUGUUUCUUUUAUCUUCGCAGAUUACUUGUAGUUUCAUUGCAGAUAACCGUCUAUUUUAAUUAUUUGCUACAAUUUUCCAGAUCUUUCUAUAAAGUAUAUGAUUGUCUCA